UUUAGCAGAAUUCUACCGUGUCUUCUAGCCAGGCUGGAGAGGGAAAGAGCACAGCGGAAACCCUCAGGCUGUUGAAAUUUCUAGACUGCCACGCAGCCCCUAGAAUUCGGAGAAAAAAUGAGGGUUUCUUAACUCAAACUAGAGGGAAAAGGGACAGAUGCUUUUAAUCAUUCUCCCAAAUGUGUGCUACCUUUCCUGACCAGUAUGGUAAGUGCGAGGGCAUGUGCCGGCUGCCUGGGACAGGUCCGUGUGAUCCCAGGCGCCCUAAGUAAGGCAGGGUGAUCUCGAGCCCGCCGCUCGCCCGCUUCCCGCGCUCCAUGGGCUUCGGGAGAAGCAGGAGAAGCCACAGCAGCUGCCCGGUGCCGGCAGCUGGAGCCGCCGCGAUGAGCUGCACCGAGCGCGGUGACAGGCGCUGCGGCUGCGGGGGCACGGAGGAGAAGAAGAUGCUCAAGUGUGUGGUGGUGGGAGACGGCGCCGUGGGGAAAACCUGCCUGCUGAUGAGCUACGCCAACGACGCCUUCCCAGAGGAGUAUGUGCCCACUGUGUUUGACCACUAUGCAGUUACUGUGACAGUGGGAGGCAAGCAGCACUUGCUCGGACUAUAUGACACCGCCGGACAGGAGGACUACAACCAGCUGAGGCCGCUCUCCUACCCCAACACUGAUGUGUUUUUGAUCUGCUUCUCUGUUGUGAAUCCUGCCUCUUACCACAACAUCCAGGAGGAAUGGGUUCCAGAGCUGAAGGACUGCAUGCCUCAUGUGCCUUACGUCCUCAUAGGGACCCAGAUUGAUCUCCGCGAUGACCCCAAAACCUUGGCCCGUUUGCUGUAUAUGAAAGAGAAACCUCUCACUUACGAGCAUGGUGUGAAGCUUGCAAAAGCGAUCGGAGCACAGUGCUACUUGGAAUGUUCGGCCCUAACUCAGAAAGGUCUCAAAGCGGUUUUUGAUGAAGCAAUCCUCACCAUUUUCCACCCCAAGAAAAAGAAGAAACGCUGCUCUGAGUGUCAAAGCUGCUGUUCAGUUAUCUGAGGCUGCUGGGAGGCUGGCCCCCACCCACCUAAGGGUGAGAGGGGCGCCGACCUCUGAGACCAAGCUCAACCACGAAGGAGGGCGAGACCAGAGAAGUCCCUUUGCACGGAGUCUUGCUCCUCCACUCCGGGAGCCCCCACCACCACCCGCAAGCACAGCACACAGCUGCCACGUCCCCCCUACCAGCCCGAAGCGUCCACAUUGCACAAUCUGUGAGAAUGCUGAGGCCGCCGGAGGUCACCCAGCGCCGCUGAGGACCAUGUUGCAAACGAAGGCAAAGACCAUGUUGCGUUUUGCGCCUCCCCUCCACGAACGUGAAGCUGAUGAUAGGAAGCCAUCCCCAAGAAACCGGAAGAGGAACUCGGUUCCUGUAUUGGUGGCCUUACCCCGUGUCUUCUACAAAACACAGGAAUACUAUACUAACUUUGUUUUCUGAAUCUGUUGUUCGACCUAUGUGUCUUGCAUUUAUUUGUAUUAUUUUAAGAAAUGUACUAAUUUACCAAUUUACUCAGGCCUUACAAGUCCAUACCAAAUUAGCCUAAAGACAAAAUAUUUUUUAUUCAUUUCCAUUUUCAGCUUGUUUCUACCAAAGCUAUUAGAACCAGCACUUACCUCUGAAUGCCAGACUGUAAGAAGAAAACAAGAAAAUGUUACAACUUUUGGAAAUUUACAAAGCCAAGAUUUUUGAACCUGGUUGAAAGAGAAACACCACCUGAAUUGUUUCCAGGCCACACUUGUGCCAAAGAUUCACCCCGGAAAUGCUUUCGCUGAUGGGUAGCCUUAUUUUUCUCCUAUAUUUAUAUUGUCAUGGCAAAUUACAAAUGAACUAUGUUCAAGAAAGUAGUACUUCUGCUUUUUAAUCAAACUGAUUGGGGGAGAAUAUGGCAGACCUAGGUUUUAAAAUAUUCUUUAUUCAGCAAAGUGAACUUCCCUGCUCCCUGCCUUUCCGGGCUCAUGCCCUUUUCCUCCCUUAAUUUCACUUUCUCCCUUGCCCAACAGUAACCUGAUCUAAAAGAAAGACCUGGCCAUGGGGCAUGAAAAAGUAAAUGUUUAAAAGUCCCCAAAGGUUAAGCAAAGUGUUUCCAUAUUUCCACUUGCUUCAACCUGAAGGGUUUCUCAGCUUGGCCCACGUCUGCUCCCACUUCUGUUUAAAUGACAUUUUCCAAGUGCAGCUGGUACUAAUAUAUUGCCUCUCCCUAUUUCCUACACUCAUUGUCCCAAAUGUGCAUUUAGGGGACGGAUCUGUGGGUACCAAGCUCUGAAUCUGUUUAUCCCCUGCUUUCAAAAUGCUGUGUUCUGUAGAACAGGACCUUCGGUCUCAGAAAGUAAAAGCCCCCAGUAAAGAAUGAUGUGCCCUUUCUAUAUGCCUCUUCCAAACAGCCAGGGAUUCUUGUAUCAAGAGUGAAUUAUUUCCUAGCUUUUAAUUAGAGACGAUAAAGUCUCCUAAUUAGUCUUACUUGUUUACAAUUACCCGGGAAACACCCAGGUAGGCACUUUACUUUUUAUUUCAAUUGCAUAAGCCAAGUGCCUCUUUGCAGCAUCAAAUUACACCGAUUUUAGCAUAACAAUUUCCGGAUUCACACUCCUUCUGUUGGAAAAAUCCAGUCUUUGUAGUCCCUUCUGCUCCUGGAGGAAGCCCAUAAAAAAGAAACAUAUGAUGUGGGUCUUUUCUGUUAAGACCUUCCAUGACAUCCCCUCAGUUGUUUGGGUUUGUUUGUUUGUUUGUUUAGAAUUUCUGAAAUAAGUUUUCCCUUCUUCCACGUUUCAAGACCUAUUUCCCUGCUCUCCCAUCUAGUCGCUAAACAUUUUCUUAAACACGCACUUACACGCGCAUACACAGACACACACACACACACCGCCCAAACUAAAAGAAAACGGGAGUUUUGUAAGUCAAAGCUUGACAUUUAGAGACAACUAGGACUUUCUUCCUCUGUAAAUGGAAAUCAACCGUGCAUAAACUAUAAUUCUGCAGAGGUUAUGGAUUCAUUCUUUAUAAACAAUAAUGAGCAUUUAGCCCUGUAAUAAAUGAAAUGCUGU